GUUAGAUCAGCCAAAGAGCAGGAAUCCAUAGCAGAUUAUAUCGCUGAGUUUGUAGAAUGGCAAUAUGACGACAAUAACACUUUUCGUAGUUUUGACAAAAUAACCAAUAUGAAAUUGGAGGAGGCAAGAAAAAAACAGGGAAAAACAGUUGAUGUCCAAAUUAAUAAUGAGAACUACAGAGUGGACGUGAAAACAUGCAUUGCUACAGAUGCAAACGGACACAGUUUACAAAUUCAGCGCAUCACAAAACCUCAAGUUGAGAUCCCUGGACACUGGAGUGAUAUGAAGCAGCAGCGUGUCUGUCUGGUUGAGCUACAGCCUGGCCAACCAGAAUACAGCAAAGUGGCAGAUGCCUUCAAUCAGACCUGCUCACAAUUCAAGAUAGAGAAGAUUGAGAGAAUCCAGAACCCAAGUCUGUGGCAGCACUACCAGACAAAGAAAAAAACCAUGGAUGAUAAGAAUGGCCAUAUACAAAAUGAGAAGCUGCUCUUCCAUGGGACAGAUGCUGACUCCUUGCCACAUGUCAACCAACAUGGCUUUAACCGCAGUUAUGCAGGAAAGAAUGCUGUGGCAUACGGAAAGGGAACCUACUUUGCUGUCAGUGCCAGUUAUUCUGCCAAUGAUACUUACUCCAGACCAGAUGCAAAUGGGAAAAAGCAUAUGUAUUAUGUCCGUGUGCUUACUGGAUUGUAUGAACGUGGAAAUCAGUCGUUACUUGUGCCUCCUCCAAAGAAUCCUCAAAAUCCUCUUGACCUGUAUGAUACUGUCACAGAUAAUGUGAACACUCCCAGUUUAUUUGUGGUAUUUUAUGACUACCAGGCUUACCCAGAAUACCUCAUUACUUUUAAAAAAUAACAUUUUGGUAUCCUGCACAGAAGACAUUAUUUAUCUAAUUAAUUUUCAACAUUUUUCAACUCAUGUCACACAUAAACUAAUUACUAAAAUUCUGUGACACACCAAAAAAUAUAUUUUUUGC